AUGAGUAGCCAGGAUAUACAACUUAUUGAACGGUUACGGCAGGAGAAUUUGGAACAGUAUUUCACAUUGGUGCGGAUGCAUUUAUCUUUUGUAGUGGAUAUUAACACGGACGAUGUUGAUUGUUCGACUGAUAAGCCAAAGCAAUUUAGAUGGAAUUUUCAUAAGAAAUCUAAGAAUUCAGCAACUAAUACUAGUCACAACAAUGCAAAUACAACAAAGAAUAACAUAGAAGUAAAUUCUAUCACUGAGGAAGGCAUCUCCAGGCUCAAUGAACUCAUAGAUUUUCUUUCCAAACCAGACAAUGUCACCCAAGAAGGAAUAUUCAGACGGACUGGGUCGUUGAGCCGCCAGCAGGAACUACGACAGCUACUUCAUACUGGUUCAGAUUUAGGACUAGAUGAUAGUAAAUUCUCUGUACAUGACUGUGCUUCAGUCUUGAAGGGAUUUCUUGCUGAUUUGCCUCAACCAUUGUUAAUGGACCAGUAUUAUCAGACUUACUGUACUUUAGCAGCUCAAUACCCACCAAAUGUAGAGACAUCAGAAACAAAGUUACUCACAGCUUUACAGUUACUUUUGCUGCUACUCACCCCAUCACAUAGAAGUUUUCUUGAACGGCUGCUAAAACUGCUUAGAUUAGUGGCUGACAAUGAAGCGAGCAAUCGGAUGUCGCCAGAUACACUUGCUACAAUGUUUACGCCGCAUCUCUUAUGCCCUAGGAAGCUUUCACCAGAGAACUUUCACACCGACUCAAUAGCUCUAUCACCAGUGAUAAGUUUCAUGAUACGUCACUCUUGUGAGCUGUUCGAAGCGCCUGCGCAAUUAGUGACAGACUCCGCUGCGUAUUUCGCGUUGCGAGAACGAAAACGUAUCAUGUCACCAGAUGUUGAUUUGGAUGAGAGUAUUACAGACAGAACGGCAGCAAACACAGUAUACACGUUUGUAGAUCAGCACCGCACACGCGCGGAGAACGAAACGAACCCCACGGACACUGCGCUCGCACAACUUUACGCACACAUCCAAGCUUUACCAGACUCACACCAUAAGCGUCGCCUUGUAAAACAUUUCAACAGGCAGAAUGGAUAUGGCACACCAAUACAAGUACAACGAACCGGAAAAGUGGCAGGUUCGAGGAGUUUCGGUGAUUCUAUUAAGAGGCACAUAUUUAAUAAGGGUAUUUUAAAUAAAACGCCAAAGAAGGGGUCCACUUCUAUGAUAAAUGCUAUUGAAGAGAAAUGCAAAGGGAAAUUAAAAUUCUCUGAUGACAGCAAAGAUGUUUCAUAUAAGAAUAUAGUUUUAAAGAACUUAGCCAAUAAGAUGGCCAGUUCAGAGUCGUUGGACGAUGAUUAUGAGUCUGACGUCAGCAACGAAAGUACCCUAUCCGAUGGAGCUCUGAAUAAAUCUAGAAAAAUGAGCCCUAAAUUCGUUUCCGAACCUAAUUUGAGCGUGCUAGACUCUGCCGAUGAAACGCCGAAAAACGCUAAGAAACGAUCAAGAUUGUUUAGGACAAAAAUUGUGUCACAGCAGAGUAAAAAGUAUCAAAAACGUUCGACUGUACGCAGUACGCCGACGUCUUGCGUAUCGUGUGUUGAAGAUCAAGACACCGCUUCGGAUAAUGACGUGUGUACACCAGAGACGACGCCGAUGAGAAAUAGGUUCUAUGGCAACGAGUUAGAGUUGAAUAUUAAUUAUUUGACGAGUACACCCGGGGUAUCUGAGGUGUGUGACGAUAACUGUGCGACGCCGUAUACGAUUAACUUCAGGCGAGCCUCAAUGUCGCCUAUAACGCAAUCCACGCAGAAAUUAUCAAAAGCUAUGCAGGAGUCGAUAAUGACACCACGAUCUAGGAAACCUCUUAUAAUAACUUCAGAACAGCGAGACGGUCUACCGGAGGCACAGGGUAUAUUAGACAAGGAUGACGAUAACUCUGACAUCUAUCAGUCUCUGUCACCCAAAAACGAUAGUGACUUUGUUUCAUCUGAAGAUGAAAUGACAAGGUCCAGUUAUUCUUGUGAAAGAUCAGUUAAUUCAGCAAGCGCUUCGUUACCACUCAAACAGUUUGAUGCACGAUCAAACGGCUCAGAAUUCAGCCUAUGUGAUGCCCCAAGAGUUGUGCUCACCAACAAAAGAAAUAAUGUGGAUUUAAACACAACACUUAUCGAUGAUUUGCCAAAGAAAUCCGACGACCAAGUAUCACUAUCGGCGCCGUUCAAAGAGUAUUUAUUAAGUAGAUCCGUCCUGACAGCCACACCGAUCGAUCUAUCGAUUCUAAAUAAAUCGACCGAUGAAGAUAGAAUAACCGAUUCGUUGAUGUACUGCCUCGAUGGGAACGUCCCGUCAGAUUUGACGUCAUCGAUCAAUAAUCUAGCAGUCGAUAGUAUAUCGAAUCGAUCGCCAUUGAAGAACCUGAAUGGUGUAGAGCUAAGUCCGAGUAGGAAACGGUGUGGCGGUACAAUUAACAUAAGUAUGGACAGCAAAAAAGUGAUUACGGAAAAGGAGAAUACGAAUCAACAUUUUGAACUAAGGGAGACUGAAUUAUAA